UUUCAGUUGUUGGAGGAGAAGGAAAAGAGAAAAGUCGCCGAAGAAAAAUUGCAUCUCGAACGGAAUGAGUUUCAAGCGAAGGAUCAACAAAUUGCUCGAUUGCAACAUGACAAGGAAACAUAUGAACGAAAGUUUUUACAAGUGUCCGCAGAAGCUCAAGAACUAUAUGCCGAAAAACAGAAGUCUGAUAUUUGCACACUACGAGAAAAAUGGGAGUUGAAGAAGAAAUCUUGGAAUGAGGAAUUUUCUCGGUUACAUAGUCAAUUGGAACAGCACAAGAAUACCACGGUGCAACAGACAGAGCUUUUGAACCGGGAGCUACGGAAAGAGAGCGAAUCAACUGAAUCGGGUGUCCAGGUUGACCAAUCCGUAAACGAUGAGCAUUUACAUAAAUUGGACACGGAACUAAUCAUGACCAAACACGAACUUGAACAGGAUCAAGCUCGCAUGAAAGAACUGGAACUAUCUCAGGCCCGAAUUAGUCAGCUUUUGAAACGAGUAGAAGACAAGCUAUCUGACCUGAUGACUGUGGAACAAACCGUUCAAACCUGUUUGCAAGGUUUUCUUCAAGAAUGGUUAUUGGAAAGCCAAUCCACAGAUGAACGUGACCUUUCAAUAGUUCCCGAAGGACCGGAACGUCUCCGUGCUUUUCUCGAGAUUCUCAGCGUCAGCAAGAGGGAGCUGCAGCACUGUCUGCUUCAAGUUCAUCAAACUAUUGCAUCCGCGUUCAAGACCACAGCGGAUGAGGAUGAUGAGGCUCAGUCAUCCGAUUGCGAGGGCACAACCAAAACAAUGCAUUCCACCCUGCUGGAGCAAUUGGCCUCAUUGAGUCAAAAAUUGGCAUCAAAGGAGCGAGAAGCGAAAGCACUGCGCCUCGGUCUGAAAGACGCACGACGAGAGCACAAAGAACAACAGUCUGCGCUUCAAGUUCAGUUAAACCAGACCAAAGAUGAGAUAGCGGAACUGAAAGGAAAAUUUCAAUCCGAACAAACACUGAUGGUCGGCAUGCAAAAAGUUCUGUGGACUCGAUUCACACAAACGGAACUGGAAGACUUUUCAAUCCAUCAACAGCCUCCAUUGAUGCGUUCCAUCGUCUGUCGAGUAGAAGAAGCUGAACACAAGAUCAGUGCCCUAUCGGCCUCAGCCAGUAGCAGUAUCGGUUCCAUCCCGAGGACACAGGAACGCAGCAGCAGUCCUGUAGAACAGCUUCAACGUAGCCCAAUAUUUCAUGGUCAAGCAUCACCGCAUCAUUCAACCACUGCACCAUCCUCACCCCGAUGCAAUGAGUCUAGACGAAUGUGUGAUCUGGAACCGGAGCUGACCUCACUCCGUCGACGUGUAGCUGAACUAGAAGCGGAUCGAGAUUGGCUUGCUCGAGAGAAUAGUCGUUUGAUGGAUCGAACAGAGAAGCAAACUCGGUUGACGGAUAAACUAGCAACCCGACUGUGUCAGUCCCCCCAGACCGCGGCCAUUCCUUCAUCCGUGUACCCCGGUGUCCCGUAUGCCUUCCCUCAACCCGUCAUGGUACCGAAUCCGUGCAUGCUUACAAGUUCUCACUACAUAAAUCCACGAUCAUUCUGUCAGUCUAAACAUACUCCGUUGUUACACGAUGAUUCACCCAUAACACCACAAAAGAGACCGGUAUUGAUCGAGCAUCCCACCGACAAUGAUUGGUCAUCAUCCAAACCCAGUCACACUCGGCCCAAUAAGUCCGACUAUCCGGAGGUGGAUCAAAGUGGUUUCAAACAAUCCACUUGGUCCCUUGAUCAAGAAGAUCUUGAGGCUGAUGGCCUUGAGACAGAUCGAUCUGCCAAUGCUCAACUAUUGGAAAGCAGAAAAUCUGUACAUCGUCGGAAAUUGAGCGACAAACUGUGGAAUGAAACCUAUGAGCAAUUGAAACCGGAACUGGAACGAAGUAUUCACAGACACAUGGAAGCUGCCGGUGAGUUGUAA